AUGAAAAGUCGAGGAAACAAUAAAAAGGGUAAAUUGGCUCAACAUUUUUCAUCUGCAUCUCAUAAAUUGGCUAUGUUGGAUUAUUGUGCAUUUAUAAGUCAGUCAAGUCGUGUUGAUUUUAUGUUCAAUAAAUCUGCUCGACGAUUAGCAAUACGUCAAAAAAGUGAACAAGAGUUUAAUAGACAAGCAGUAGGAAUGUUAGUUAAUGUAGUUCGUACACUAGUAAGACAAGUUUUAUUACUUUACCGACACAAUCCUAUAAUAGAAAGAUGGUUAAAUGAUAAAUCGAUGCGUCCUUAUCAUGUAACAUAUCUUGGAUCAAAGUCACAAAAUGAAUUUAUUGAACUACUUGCUGCUGAAAAUCUUAUGGCUGAUACUACACCAGACAUAUCAUUAAAAGAUCAAUUAGCUGUAUGUUUAAGAUAUGUUGAUCAAAAUGGAAUAACAAAUGAACGUUUACUGGAUGUAGUCGAAUCUACGGAUAAAACUGGAUAUGGAACAGCAAAAUCAAUUUAUGACUGUCUCAUUAAGUAUGAAAUCAAUACUGAUAAUUUAGCUUUUCAAUCGUAUGAUUAUGCAAGCAAUAUAAGUGGGAUCAACAGAAGAGCUCAGCGUUUCUUAACUGAAUUUGUAGGUCAUUCAGUAACAUACAUUCCAUGUCAAGCACAUAGGAUGAAUACUUUUUUAGAACACAGUUGCGAUGCUAGUCCUAUAAUUGGUGAUUUAAUUUCUGUACUUGAAAAUAUUUAUGUAUUCUUUUCAUCUAGUACUAAGAGAUCUAAAGAUUUAACUGACCAACAGUUAGAAGCUAAAGAAUUAAAUAUAUGCGAUGCCUAUGUAUUAAUUAACUCUACUAUAAAAUCAUUGGAAAACAUAAGAUCAGACACUAAAAAUAUAGAUAGCUUAAUUGAAAGUUCCAAAAUAACCUCAGAAUCUUUUGGAAUAGACCCAGAAAGAGAUUUUAAACGCCACCACCACACAAGAAAGAUUCCAAAAAGAAUUGAAAAUAAUGCUGACAACUCAACAGUUGAAAAUUUAACAAAGGCAUUUUAUCUUUUUCCUCCUAAGAGUCAAGGUGGUCAGCUAACAGAUUUGGAUGCAGUAAUAGCCGAGUGGGAAAUAUUAUGUCAUCAAUGUAAAAAUUUUGAAACAUUUAAGCAAGUUAUGGAAAAAUCAAUUGAGUUACAAAAACCUUUGCCUUGGGCAAACUGGUUGUGUCGCCUUGCAUUUACAGCUCCAGUAACUACAGCAUCAAAUGAACGAACUUUUAGCAAGUUAAAGUUGAUUAAACAUAGUUUGAGCUCUACAAUAAGUUCUGACCGUUUAAGCUCGUUAAUGAUUUUAAACUGUGAAAAAGACUUAACUGACAAAAUUGAUAUAAAUUGUGUUCUACAAAAAUGGUCUUCUGCUAAACAAAGAAGAAUUGAAAUUUGA